AUGGCGACAGCUCAUCAGAUACAAAAUGCGCUGCUGACUGAACACUUCCGAUACACACCUUUGACAUUACUAGACGACAUAAUCAACAACGUCAACGAACUCGUCUUUCGCGCCGUCAACGCCAUCGAGGAAGGUCUGAACGCCAUAUCGCCACAAUCCCUGGGUUUCAAGCUCGAUCCCAACCAUGCCGAGGCCCUGACGAGUCAAGAAAGCAAGCAGGAUGCCCUCGACGAACUCAAGCAGACCGAGCUAGGAAACGGAUGUGUACAGCUUGAAAGCCUCCUCAACUCGACCGUAGAUCGGGACUUUGACAAGUUCGAGAUCUACACCUUGCGCAAUAUUCUCGCUCUGGGGCACGAGGACGAGGCGAAGGAUUUGGCCGGUUGGGUGCAGUUGGAGCAUUAUCGGCAUUUGGAGGUGGCGAGUCCGGACAGUACACCUACGCCCGAAGCCGUACAGUUACAACGACGGAAGCUGCAGGAGACACAGAAGUUAAAUGCCAUGCUUAAGGCCGAGGAGGCGAAAAAUGCUGCGAUACUGGAGCAACUGCACGCCCUCCUCGGGACAAACGCCCAACAACAACAACCACCAGGUGACGGGUCGGCAUCACCCUUCGCCUUCCUUACAGGUUCGAAAACUUCCCAAAACGUAGCCUACACCAUGACCCACCUCCCCGCCCUCCGCGAAAUCCUGCUCCAGCUCAAGGACUCCCUUCACACUUUACCGAACGCGCGCCACACGGCACAAAACGACGACUCGCGCGAUGCGAAACGGAGGACUUAUCUAGACGCACAGUCCAAGCGAGCGGUGCAGAGACGAGGUGUCGAGGCUGAUAGUGCUGGGGCUCAAGCUGGGGGCACGGGCGCAGGAGGACGCCGUGUCGCGAGGGAUGAAGUAGAGGGGAUGGAAGCUGUGGUGCAGGCACUUGUUGGUGGUGCGGCGCCAGCGAGACGGGAUGGGGAGCAGGGGAGGGACGAGGAGAUGGAGCAAUGA